ACCACAUGCCUCCGUCCACAAAAAGUCUGUCAUCACUUUUCUUUCUCUCUACAAAGUCCUAGAAGCGAAACUGUGUGUGUAAGGAAUGGCACCGAAGGCGGAGAAGAAGCCGACUGAGAAAAAGCCUACGGAGGAGAAGAAAACGGUGGCGGAGAAAGCCCCGGUGGAGAAGAAACCGAAGGCCGGAAAGAAGCUACCGAAAGAAGGUGGCGCGACGGCCGAAGACAAGAAAAAGAAGCGUGCGAAGAAGAGCACGGAGACGUACAAAAUCUACAUCUUUAAGGUCUUAAAGCAGGUGCAUCCAGACAUCGGGAUCUCCAGUAAGGCGAUGGGUAUCAUGAAUUCCUUUAUCAACGAUAUUUUCGAGAAGCUUGCACAGGAAGCGUCUAGGCUAGCGAGGUACAACAAGAAACCAACAAUUACUUCGAGGGAGAUCCAAACCGCUGUGAGAUUGGUGUUGCCUGGAGAGUUGGCUAAGCAUGCAGUGUUUGAGGGGACUAAGGCGGUGACCAAGUUUACUAGCUCUUGAAGCGGUGGUGGUGAACUAGGGAUGACUUGUGUAGUUGGUAGUGAAUUAGGCUUUCUUGUGUGUAGGGUUAGGCUUUAGGUGGGAUAUGGCUUAUUUUAUGAUUUCUAGUGUAUUAUUGAAUUUAAGAUUAGGGUUUGUAAUUGAAGCUAUGAUCUUCUUGUAUGAAUAUUUCCAUGUUUGAAUUGAAAUACAAAAUUGCUUAAUUGUGUUUAUCUGGUAAUAGUUUCUUUCGAUGCAUGCAAAG